AUGUAUGAUACUUGGUCAUUAAUUGAAUUAUGGCCUACCCAAGAGUUGAUCCAAUGCUAUACCCCAGAAAGCUUUGAGAAUUUUGAAAAAACAAGAAUUAUCAUAGAUUCGACAGAAGUGCCAAUAUGUAAGCCAACAAACCCUCUAUCACAACAGGCCACAUUUAGCAACUAUAAAAACAAAAAUACAAUCAAAUUUCUGAUUGGUGCUACUCCAGGUGGCCUAAUUUCGUAUUGUUCAGAUGGUUAUGGUGGGGCAACAAGUGAUCGGCAUUAA